AAUAUUUUUUUCAGCCGGCCGGCAUUUUCUUUUCAUUAACCGGGUACGGAUUUCAGCCUUUACACGGUCCUUUUGGGUUUUCUUGACCGGUUUCACAAAUUUUAGUGUUUUACAACAACCUCCACGAUGCCUGGCUUUUCAGACAGAGACCGUGGGAGAGAUAGAGGGUAUGGAGGCGGCCCUUCUCGUUUUGGUGGGGGCAACAGGGGAGGACCUCCUCCAGGAAAGUUUGGCAAUCCUGGUGAAAGGCUGCGAAAGAGGCACUGGAACCUUGAUGAGCUUCCAAAGUUUCAAAAGAACUUCUACCAGGAACACCCAGAUGUCACACACAGACCUCUGCAAGAGGUUGAGCAGUAUCGCAGAAGCAAGGAGGUUACAGUCAAAGGCAGAGAUUGCCCAAAACCAAUACUAAGAUUCAACGAAGCUGCAUUCCCAAGCUACGUUAUGGACGUCAUUGUGAAACAGAACUGGACCGAACCAACUCCAAUCCAGGCUCAAGGGUGGCCCGUCGCCCUGAGUGGAAAAGACUUGGUUGGCAUCGCUCAGACUGGGUCUGGAAAAACCCUGGCAUACCUGCUGCCUGCAGUCGUUCAUAUCCAACAUCAGCCUUUCUUGGAGCAUGGAGACGGGCCCAUUUGCUUGGUGCUGGCACCAACACGCGAGUUGGCUCAGCAGGUGCAACAAGUGGCUGUUGAAUACGGCCGGGCCUCUCGUCUCAAGAGCACUUGCAUCUAUGGUGGCGCACCCAAAGGACCGCAACUCAGGGACCUUGAACGAGGUGUUGAGAUCUGCAUCGCUACCCCGGGUCGKCUUAUUGAUUUUCUGGAGUGUGGUAAAACAAACUUGCGUCGUUGCACCUAUCUGGUGCUGGACGAAGCUGACCGCAUGCUGGACAUGGGUUUUGAACCUCAGAUCCGCAAGAUAGUGGAUCAAAUACGGCCAGACCGUCAGACUCUGAUGUGGAGCGCCACUUGGCCUAAAGAAGUUCGUCAGCUGGCUGAGGACUUCCUGAAGGACUACGUUCAGAUCAACAUUGGAGCCCUGCAGCUGAGCGCCAAUCACAACAUCCUGCAGAUAGUUGAUGUGUGCAAUGACUUGGAGAAGGAGGAUAAACUGAUUCGUUUACUGGAGGAGAUAAUGAGUGAGAAGGAGAAUAAGACCAUUAUUUUUGUGGAGACCAAAAGGCGUUGUGAUGAGCUCACUAGGAGGAUGAGAAGAGAUGGGUGGCCUGCAAUGGGAAUCCAUGGAGACAAGAGCCAGCAAGAGAGGGACUGGGUUCUUAACGAGUUCAGAUAUGGCAAAGCUCCAAUUCUCAUUGCUACAGAUGUGGCCUCCCGUGGUCUAGAUGUGGAGGAUGUGAAAUUUGUCAUCAAUUAUGACUACCCUAACUCCUCCGAGGAUUAUAUCCACCGCAUUGGACGCACAGCCCGAAGUCAAAAAACGGGCACAGCCUACACUUUCUUCACCCCCAACAACUUGAAACAAGCAGGCGACCUGAUCUCUGUGCUCCGCGAGGCCAACCAGGCCAUCAACCCCAAGCUGAUCCAGAUGGCAGAGGACAGAGGAGGUCGUGGUCGAGGGGGAAGAGGUGGCUACAAGGACGACCGUCGCGAUAGGUAUUCUGGGGGUGGGAGAAGUAAUUUUGGUGGUAGCGGCUAUAGAGACAGGGACAGUGAUAGAGGUUUUGGUGGAGGGCCGAAGACUGCCUUUGGUGGCAGCAAGGCCCAGAACAGCAACAUUUAUGGGGGAAAUGGCGGCAACUCUAGUGGUAGCUUUGGCAAUAACAAUUACAACAGCAGCAACGGACAGGGUAAUUUCAGUGGUCCACCAAACCAGGGUGGCUUUGGGAACCAAGGUUUCCAAGCCCCACCUCAGUUUGGUGGCAUGCAGAGGGCUGCUCAGAACGGCGUGAAUCACUCGCCGUUCCCAUUCAACUCUCAGCCCCCGCCACCACAGAACCAACAGCCACCACCCCCACCGCCGAUGGUGCCCUAUCCCAUGCCUCCACCUUUCCCACAGUAGAUAUGAGAUGUGCACAGUAAACGGAACCAACAUGACCUUUGUUCAGUCUUGAAAACUUACGGUAUGGUUAUCUCGUUCUUUUCCUUUUGUACUGUUUAACUUUUGUUUUGCUUACAGCAGGGUUGGAAUUACUCAGUAAACCCAGAGCAUUAAACAGAGUCGUAGUCACGUCUCCCACAGUGCAAACUAUGAUUGCUGCACUUUUCUUUGAUUGUUGUUUUUGUUACAUUCCUCAGUAAUUUAUUUUUAAUACGUAAUCCUGUGUUUUCAGUUUGUGGUAUGUUUAAAGUGAUGGUAUGGAAAUAUGUAUAAAACAGGGUUUCUGUGACCCGUUUCAAAUAAAAAGAAGAACAUGCA